UGUUUAUCGCGUACAUCUCUAUUCAAAAAAGCGUGUUGUUUUUGAAGUUUCGGGCGCAUGCAAUUUACGUCAGAUUGAGCCGUAUUUUUAGGUUAGUAAUUACGCCUUGUUUACUUUCGUAUAAACUUUUAUUGAUAUAAAUUUGCUAUAAUGUCAUUUCGUGGUCGAGGAGGAGGAGGUGGUGGCCGCGGAGGUUUUGGUGGUGGAGGCCGUGGUCGAGGUUUCGGUGGAGGCGGCGGCCGUGGUAGAGGCGGCGGCGGCGGUGGAUUUAGGCAACAAUAUGAUGCUGGACCACCAGAAUCUGUGAUCCCUUUGGGUCACUACGGGUGGACAGUACAGGAUGACCUAGUAUGCAAAGUGGACAUCGAAGACGUACCGUAUUUUAAUGCGCCUAUAUAUCUAGAGAACAAAGAACAAAUCGGGAAAAUCGACGAGAUAUUUGGUAAUCUACGUGAUUAUUAUGUGUCAGUGAAACUCGGCGAGAAUAUAAAGGCUAAGAGUUUUAAAGAUGGACAACAAUUUUUCAUCGAUCCCGCGAAGUUAUUGCCUCUGAAGAGAUUCCUUCCCCAGCCUCCUGGCGUUAAGAGAGGCGGUGGGGGUCGCGGCGGUCGAGGAGGACCGAGAGGAGGUCGUGGUGGUUUUGGAGGUGGUAGAGGCGGCGGCUUCGGGGGUGGUCGUGGCGGCGGAUUCAGUAGAGGUGGCGGCAGGGGUGGUGGGUUUGGUCGUGGCGGCGGUGGAGGUUAUGGCGGCGGCCGUGGCGGUGGCGGCAGAGGAGGCGGCUUUAGAGGUGGUCGUGGCGGCAGAUAAUACUUAGUGUCCUUAUGGUAUAAACUAUAAUUGAUAGUAUGUAUGCAGUGAAAGUGUGGUGUGGGCGCUCACCAUAUAAAUGUUCAAGAAUUAUUUGUUAAUAAUUUUUAAGUGAAUGUUAUUUUGUAAUAAGGAUUUUGACUAAUAAUAAAUGAGAUUGUGAUAGGAACAA